ACUUCCAUCUGAGCUUCCCACUACACACACCUUAGUAACCACUGGUGAAGGCUGGAGACUGACAGCUUGUUGUAAAAUGAGUGAGUGGUUUAAUGGGACUUUGUUCAUGGAGCAUCCCUGGCCAGAGGCAGAGAGGUGGCUGCUGGUGGCUGUGUUGGGACUAGAGAUGGUGAUGGGAGUUGUGGGAAACUGUCUCGUUCUGCUGGUCAAAGUACUGUGCAGAGGUCGGUUCAGCUGUCGUUAUUGGCUUCCCUUCAUCAGUCUCACCUUGUCAGAUUUAGGCUGCUCCCUCCUUAUUAUCUCCGGCUCACUGUUGGCCAUGCUGACGGGAGGUCAAAGGUCACCAUGGUGUGAGGUCGUAAGCCUGUUGAAGUUUGCCUUCAUCACCUCCUCCAUAGGAAGCAUAGCCAUCCUUUGUGUGCAGCGGCUGAUUGGUGUGGCCUCCUCAAGAAGUGCUCUCUUUGUUGUCAUGGUGACAGCAUGCUUGACUUCCUGGGGGACAGGGGUGGUGUUCGGGAGUGUCCCUGUUGUCUACGCCUGGAUUCGGUAUGACCCUGCAGAGAUGCUGUGUGCUGUGUUCUGGGAGAGCAGCUACUCAGACAUGUUCGUCUACGUUCUUUGUGCUUUCUCCAUCUGUAUAUUUCCCCCCUUCCUCCUCAUCUUCUUCUGCUCUCUGCUGAGUGCUGCUAGCUGCCACAGAAGCAGAAACAGUGAUGAUGAAGCAGAUCUGUCUGCAGUCACGCCUCUGCUGGUGUCCUCCUACCUCCUCUGCUACACCCCCUUUGCUGUGUCUGAGCUGAUCCUCCUGGGCAGGAUGGACCUGUCCCCAGCACCUGAUUGGCUAAGGACAUUAUCAUCGGUGAUGUCAUACUUGGACUGUGGUCUGAAUCCUCUUAUCUACUGCUCCCAUCAGGAGUUCCGGGAGGCAGGCAUGGCUCUGCUGUGGACCAAUAGGAAACCACCAUCAGAGCCUGUGCUCACUGCUAUCACUAAACGCCACCUGUAAACAUGUGAAAGGUUCCAUAUUUACUCACGCUGAUGUCAAGAGAACCCAACAAACAUAUAGCUCAUUGUGGUACUACCACCCCUUGUAAAGGGCAAAAGGUGUCGUUUGGCACUGGAAAAAAAAGUGAUGUUGAAGAAGCACGGCCUUGUUUCCCAAUAACAACUGAGCGUUUUCUUGGAGUAAUGCUACGGACACUUUGAAAUUUCUACAAGCAUUUCCCAAAGCAGUACUUAAAAGUGAGAGCAUGUGCAUGCUGUUGAGAGCUUCUUAACGCUAGUUGUCUGUGGUGUUGAAAAUGAUGCUGAA